AUGCCUCACGAUCCCACUGGCAUUCAAUACUACAAACUCUACGACUUCACCUUCCACAAUGGCGACACUCUCCCCCUCCGCCUGGCGUAUCGCGAGUUCAACGUAGAUAGCAAGAAAACAGCACUCAUCCCAACCUGCUUCCGCGGGCGCAUCAACACUACACUGAACUUCGUCACUGGCGCACUCUGUGACUACCGAGUCAUCGUGGUAGCCCUCCUCGGCAACGGCGAGUCGUCGAGUCCUUCAAACACGCCCGAUUUCCCCUCGACCAUCGACUACCAGGACUGCGUCCGGGCCCAAUACAAACUUGUCACCGAGCAUCUAGGUAUCUCAGCGCUGGAUGUUGUGGUUGGAUUCUCCAUGAGCGGGCAGUGUACAUAUCAUUGGGCAGCCAUGUACCCGGAGAUGGUUCGAAACGCUGUGGUUAUAUGUUCGUCUGCGAGAACCAGUCUACACAACUAUCAGUUUCUGGAGGGCCCAAAGGCUGCUCUUGUUCAUUCCGUUGAUUACAACAGUUCUUCUGUUCAAAACGCACAGCCCAUUCGCGGUCUCCAUGCGUUCGGAAGAGCGUAUUCCGCGUGGUUGACCAGCGCCGAAUGGUUCGAGAGGCGGCUUUUCGAGAAACAGGGAUUCAACUCGCUGGCAGAAUGGUCUGAAGCUGUAGGCGGGAAGAAUUACGAGGACUGGCAUCCUGGAGAUCUGUUGGCGAUGUUGGGGAUGUGGCAGCGGUCGGACAUUAGCAAGGGGAGAGCUCUUGAAAGUGCACUGCGCGGGCUGAAAGCAAAUAUUCUGCUUAUGCCUUGUCGUACGGAUCAGUAUUUCAAGUGGGAGGCAAGUCAGAAGGAGGUUGAAUUUCUGCAGCAUGGGGAACUGGCAGUGAUUCCUUCGGUCUGGGGUCAUAUUGCCGGAGGGGGGAGUAAUGACGAAGAUAAUGAGUGGAUGGACAGGCAGAUCAGGCAGUUUCUUAAAUAA